AUGCCGAUAAAUUUUCCUCCAGAUCCGAAUUCAGCCCCCGAGGCGGUUCAUCAGUCAUUUACCCCUUACUCCUCCCCACCUCUUCUGACUCCACGAGUCAUUCAUGAACCCCAUGCCUGCCCAUGCGACCAGUGCGUCUGGAUGAGACUAUCUCGGCGCAUAGGCGCCACGCCACCUCUCGAGUUCAAUACUGAACAUGCCACAGCGGAAACUAUGCAUUCCGAACGUCCUCAGAUCAUCGUCUCGCCCAGCCCCAACCCGCAGCUGGGCCCGAACAUCUACGUGUAUCCCAAUAGCUCUCAUCAUCUCACUUUGCCGGUGGUCAACUACACGGCCAAGCAGAGAGCCGAGCGCACCGUGCCCUGGCCGGCUUGUUCCAUGGCAAUCUAUCCGCCGUGUGCGCAGCCGGCCGACUUCGAAGCUGCGCUAUCGCCUCCCGGUUCCGGAUUUAUCACAGUGGCGAGACUGUCGAAGACUAAGAAAACGGCACCUCUUAGCACUUUCAAGGAUGUGGAGGACCUCCGUAAGCAGUCGAUCCAGCUGGAGGUCUGGGAUCAGGGCGUCAGCACAGUUCAUACGAGAGUCCACUUCUCGCCGGACAUUGAAGCAGGAUCUAAGGGAAAGAAGUAA